CUCAUUAGAUGGCAGCUGGGCUGGCUACCUGGUGAUACUCCUAAACCUUGUCAAUGCAAAUUACACGAUCUAACAAAGAAACACAGUAUUCAUUGCCUGCGCAUUCGUUCUCAAUUACACAUGUUACAAGACGUAGAUGACCCCAUCUCGUGUCUUCUCAAUCGGUUUCCCUCUCGACCGCCCAAGUCACUACAUACACAGGCCUACUGGCGAAUACAUUGGAUUGCCAUCCAAAGAUUCCUUUAUAAAGUUGACAUGCUACAGCAUGGUGCUCCCUACGAUGAUUUAGUCCUAUCUAAUCUAUCUUUAAACUCCUCUUUUCUUCUCUGGUUUAGCCAGCAUUCAUAG